CGUGGCGGCGGGACGCAGAGAGCCAGGGGGCGGCGUUCGAGCCACGACCACGACGGGAGUACGGGAGAAAGAGCAGGCAGGCGCGUAGAUAGGCCAUAGCCAGUUGAGGGAGACGAUUCCGCGAAGAGCCGAGCUUUAUCCGUUUCCUCGCAUGCCCGCGUAGACCGGCCGCAUGUGUGCCUCAGGUUCGAGAGGGUGCACGCUCGUGGAUGUCAACGUGAACCGCGGUCAGAGAGACACUCCUGACGAGGCCGCGAUCGUUCAAGGGUGCGCGAUGAACUCUCACGGGGGUUGCUCGGUGUAGAGGUCCGGGGAAUCGCUCGUUCGCUCGCGAACUGUUCUGUCAGUACCUCUAAGGGCGGUAGGCACGACGGUGGCCUGCUACUCGUGGCGGCCGCGGUGGUAGUGGUGACCGUGGCGGUGGUGGUGGCUUCCUAUCGUGGUGGUGAGUCCCCGUUUGUAGUGGUGGUGCUGUCAGAGUUGUGCUACGCCUCGUUCGACGACGGUGGGCAAGGGAGAGAAGGAAAAGUGGCCCUCGAGGUUACGAGGCCAGAGGAGAAAGUGGGUGUUGCCGGGAGUAUCAACGGGAGGAUCAUCCGGGUCCUCGACGCAUGGAACUCGAGGAACACAGGGGAAUCGGUGUGUAGGAUGCACGUCGGUCGACGAUCCAUGAGUCGACGACGUCUCUUAACCGAGAGCCUGAUCCUUGUCGAUCGCGUGCCUCGCUGGCUGGCUUCGACGUUGAACCGUUAAGGACCAGGAUGGCAGGAUCGAGCCGGGGAGCUCGGCCAGCCUCUGAACGACGCCGCUCGACCAUCGUGAAUCGUCGCGAGGGACGAAGCUGGUCUUCGUUCGAUUAAAAGGAGCUUGAAAACGGGCAAGAAGCGAAAGGAGUAGAGAAAGAGAGAGAGAGAGAGAGAGGAGAAGAGUGGUCGGUCGCCGCGAGGUCGAGAUGAGCGAUCUACAGGCCACUCUCGAGUUCUCCCUCGAGCUCUGCAAGUUCUACAAUGUCGACCUGCAACAGCGUGGGUAUUACCAGAUACGAACCGCCCUCAGAGUCUCGCCUAAACUGCCUGUCAAGGUGGAGGUUAACCACCUGCGGAAUGACGCGUUUGGGAAGCCCGGAACGAGCAAACGUUUUCGCAUCCUUUACAAAAACGAGGAGGUGACACUUGGUACCUCGGUUCUGUUCCGUGCCCACGUGCUCGUGCACAGCCACAAGAUCGAGGAGGUGCUCUCGCGCACCCACUUCAAUCUCGGCGUCGAGCUAUGGUUCAGCGAGCCGACGCAGCCGAUGGACAUGGCCUGUGUCUCCUCUAGGGCGUUCCAGCUGAACUUCGUGCCCACGAAAGGGCUUCACUAUCAUCUGCCGGUACUCUUCGACUACUUUCAUUUCGCCGCUGUCUCAAUGACGAUCCACGCCUGCCUCGUCGCCCUCCAUCAACCGUAUAUCAAGUCGGUAUCAAGGAAGAGCAUACUUCAUUACGUGCAGAGCUGCGCACCGCGGGGAGGUAAACCAUGGUUGCAAUUUAAGCAGUCUGCAGCGAACGGCGACAACAAUGCCCGGUUAGAAAAUGUCGAAACGACGACGAGAUGCGUCGGCUCGACCACGAGGAUACAACACGCGGAACUGGUUCAGCAAGAGGUGAUCAGGUUACUCUUGGCCGCGAGGAGAUCUUUGCUCAACGAUUUGGCCGAUUUGGCGCGGCUGCUUCCCUCUUGCCAGCAGAGAGAGCUCGAGUUCGCCCAGAAUACGCACAAAGAAAUUACCAAGAUGAUGGACACGGAGGAGAUUGAUAUCGCCCAACUCUGCGCACAAAAUAUCGUCCUCUGGCAACAUUUUUUGGAAGCGUUCUCCGGAUGCGAAGCCGUUAAUCAGCAUCUCGCGAGGAUCCAUCAUCAACUGAGGGUGAAACGUUUCGCGGAAGGUUUCUUCGUGCUGGAAAAUCCUAGGACGUCCGCGUGGGGUUGUUACGACGCGAACUAUCAAUCGUAUCAGGCGGUAAGUGAAGCAGCGCGUAGAUCGCGUUACCUCACCACAUUGCCGCCGCUCCCGGUUCACUGUCCGGAACUGGACGGCGAUCUACAUUCACUUCCGCUGAUCUUCGAGGAUCAGUACGUGGAUAUGAAACAGAGGCACAGAAACAGUGUUCCCGGUAUCGAUGAUUGCAGUUGCGGGAUAACGGCGAUCCUGGAGUCUCGGAACAUGGGAAUCUGGUCUCCGAGAAGCGAAGGUGCUGCGCAAGAUAUCGGAUCGAUCCAGGGCCGUCUGACGCUCGUCCCUUCCACGCUCCCGGCCAGGCACAGCAAAUCCCUGGACCAAUUGGGUCCCGACAUAUCCCCGCUGCAGCCGAGGACGUCGCCGAAAACACUACCGCGUUCAGUGUCAACGCAGUUGUUCCCUCGGCAGCGGGGCGCAGCGCGAAACGUGACUCCGCCGGCGACAGUUCCUUCGAGAGGAAGGCAGAGGUUGCAAGCGCCGUCCAGUAACACGCUUUUCCCUCCGACGGGACAGCAAGCGUGUUCCGCGCCGAACCCAUCCCUCGGCUCAACGCCAGUAGUCCCGUUACCGCGUGCCAAGUCUACGCAGAUGUUGGUAGUACCCGGGCAACAGAGUGAUCCGCAGAAUAGCUCGAUUACGUCCCUUUUGGCGACGAUGUUCCCGGAAUCGCCGCCUGGUGUUACGUGGUUGCCUGGUUACAGACCCUCGAACAGGUCUUGCGAGCAGACACUCACUGUGCCCACGUGCAUGGACCAUGGCCAGAUGGACUGCUGGAACGAGAACAAGAGUCCAAACAUUCCCGAAGAGUAUCAUUCUCUCGACACGAGAAGGAUGUGUCUAGACCAACGCGGACAUCGGCUAGCAAUGGCAAAAGCAAUGCGUCAGCCAUUAUGUACCACCAACGAUCAAGCAAAUUUCCUUCCUGGCAAAGUGAGCAUGAACGGUGAAGCUUUCCUCCAGGAUCACCAACAGCCUCUCCAUACGGCGACCCUGGACAGAGUGACAUACCGAGGGAACUCCCGCAAGCAGACUCAUCAAAUAGGUGGCAAGUACAGCCAAACGAACGGGGUAGAAUCCUUAUGUAGAUAUCACACGAUCAGAAAAUCCAGUUCGGGACAGCAGCAGAACCGGGAGAUUUCGGAUUCGAUAAAUGGCGGCGGUCUGCCGAGCAGCCACUCGAUGAUGGUCGAUCCUCUGUAUAAAAGAUCCAACUACUCGAAUACGGACACCGACUCUUUUUUCUAUCGAACGAACGGUACCAGCGGACAGACUCACGGCGAGCCGGAGCGACCGAGGAGACCGAAGAGCACGGAAAGAUUGGUGGACGAUGUGAACCGCAACGAGUACUGCGAAUUGCGAAAAGAGAGGUCAAAAAGGAGAGACGAAAGACUAGCUAAAUCGUCCCGUAACGGCGUGCCGCCGUGCUACGGAGAGGAGAAGCAAAGCAGGAGAAGUCAGAGCAACGAGGAUAAAAUGCAGGAAUUGACGAACGAGAUGUUUUACAAAGUGAUGAUUGCCAUGUCAGAGCCGAAGAAAGAGCACAGAACGGAGAGGAGGAAAGACAGACACGGGAGGAGGCCGCAUUCCGCGCCUGUUCUGGAUAUCGAUCAACCAGCCGAGGAGAAUAGGAAGCACAGUCACAGGAAUAGAAAAACGGCCCCGCCGCCUCCGGCAUAUCAGGACGCCGCGCCGUUGCCGAAAAUUCCUCCGCCUCUGCCACCCAACGAUAUUGAUGUGCAGAACUACGACAGAGCCCUUAUGAACGAUACAUCGGCGACGAAUGGCACGACGGACGUCGUCGGCCUCUCGGCGCCGAACGUGAAAAGACUGAGAUGCGCCAGCGUGCCGGUUGCACAGAACAAAGUCGUUGUGCCGCGGAGCGCGAUCUCUCUACCUUGCAUGCCGAUCCGCGAUAGCAAGGACAGCCUUAGCAACAAUCUUCCCGUGAUCCCGAAUCCGCUUAGUUCGCCGUCCAGUAGACCGAGCAGUCCCGCGACCAGUUCGAGCUCUAGCAACCUGACAUCCGAGUGUUCCGGGUGGGUGAGUAGCGGAGACACGUCCAGCUCGGAACAACGUCGGAACGCGAAGCUGUCGAGUGAACAACUCCGUCAGAAGCUGUCGAAAAUCGUACCAAGGAAGGAGAGGCUACCGGCGCCGACGAAGGAGUGUAUCGAGGAACACUCCUACGAGGAGGUCCGACUUCCGCCUCCGAAGAUGUUCCAGGACGAGCCACCACCGCCGGAGGAGUUCCGCGAUCCGCCUGCCAUCAUCGACAAUCCUCUUUAUCACGUUUACGAAACGAUGAAACCGGUCAGGAGUCCCAAACAGACGAAAACGGCGCCUUGCAGUCCGCAGAAAAACAGGGACAGGGAGAGGGAGAGAGAUCUUCCGUACGGAGUGAGGGACAUCUGUUUCGAUUGUUAUCAGGAGGGUAAAGAGCUGCUGCAGUCGACCCAGGACGACGCUAUCAAUUUCAAGAAGUGCAAGGAGGAGUUCAAGAGGCAGAUGAGCUUCUCCGGGAAAAUCUACAGAGAACGCAAGGAAGCGCAGUUGCGUUUCCAUAAACGUGCCCAUUCGUUCGGAUACGGUGACUUCCCGAUACUGUCGUCGUCGGUAAAAUCUCUAAGAUCGAAUGUGCCUCUUAGCGAUUAUUCGUCCCUGGCCUCGACCAUGCCGUACUUCCACAUCAGCAACGAGAACCGUCUGUUUUCGCCGGAGGGGACCCACCUGAUCAUCUGCGUUCACGGUCUCGACGGGAACCCCGCUGAUCUUCGUUUGGUCAAGACCUACUUGGAACUCAGUCUUCCCGAGUCGAAUUUAGAUUUUUUAAUGUCCAAGAGGAACCAGCGUGACACAGUUUCGGACUUCGACACGAUGACCGAUCGAUUGGUAGCCGAGAUUCUCCAUCACAUCGACAAGUCGGACUUGAUUCCGACCAAAGUCAGUUUUAUCGGACAUUCUUUAGGGACCAUCAUCAUAAGGAGCGCUCUGACACGACCCGAGCUACGACCGCUUCUUCCACGUUUACACACAUUUCUAAGUCUUAGCGGACCGCACUUAGGCACACUGUACAAUACCAGCGGAUUAGUUAAUGCAGGCAUGUGGUUCAUACAAAAGGUGAAGAAAUCCGGGUCGUUGCUGCAACUGGCGAUGAAGGAUGCGCCGGACGUCAGGCGGUCGUUCAUGUUUCGGCUAAGCCAGAAGAGCAAUCUCGAGAAGUUCAAACACGUCCUCCUGUGCGGCAGCGCGCAGGAUCGAUACGUGCCACUCCAUUCCGCUCGUAUAGAGCUCUGCAAAGCCGCCGUACGAGAUUCGACCGAUCAAGGGAAAGCGUACCGCGAAAUGGUUCAUAACAUCCUCUACCCGGUUAUGUCUUCCACGGGGGUGAGUCUGGUCAGGUACGACGUACACCACGCGUUGCCGACAACGGCGAACACACUGAUCGGUCGAGCCGCGCACAUCGCCGUCCUCGAUUCCGAGCUUUUCAUCGAGAAGUUCCUUCUGGUGGCUGGACUGAAGUACUUCAGAUAAGGAACGGACUGCCUAGCGACGUUAAUAGACGCGAUCACAAGAAAUCUAGUCUGAAAAAUGCUAGCGAAAUAACAAUUGGAGAUGCGAUGCAAAAAGAAACCGAGAGCGGAUUCUCGUAACUCUCCGUAACUUCUCCGAUCGCGUUAGAAUUAUUUAAUUAAUUAGCCUGCUCGAUGAUUGCCCCGCUUCUAAAACCGAGUUUCCUCCCUCCUCCUUCGUGAUUGCCGCUCCGUUUCUCUUUCCUCCGAUCCCGUGCGAGUCGAUGUGGAAGCGGGGCAAUUCGACGUUUUUACACGAAUUACACGACGUUCGGACAUCGUUUUUAAACUAAGAACACCCGUCGGAUCAGUUUCUCUCGUUAGGUUCCUAAGUAUCAUUCCAUCGGGGGUGCUGCCGUUGCCUCGCUGCUUACGAGCAGCGAGGCCUGUCACCCCUUCGUCGACGAUUUCAUCGUGAACCAUCGAACGGUAAAUAAAUAACGAAUGGACCUAUGGCUGCGCGAAGAAUAGGCCUAUUUGUAGAUCGUAUUUGCGACUGGCCUUCUCUGAAGAGAGGGAAGACGCGGAAUAGGUCGACCGGGGGUGCGAUAGGGUGGUUUGACGUCGAUUGACGUGUUCAUUGCUAUUCGAAGUGCGUGGAUAGAAGCUUUUAAGGGAAACAGGGGAUAGGGUAAAUAAACUCGCAUCGGGUUUCGAUCAGGAUGACGUUGCAGACGUGUUUUUGUGGUGCCAGGGAUUAAAUACGAAUUGAAACAUUGGGAAUUGAUAGAUAAUGUCUUCGUGGAAACUGGAAUUGAGAUACUUCUUAUUGUGAUAAAUGCGCCGCGUUGGUGUAAUGAUCGCGUGUUCCAUUUACUUUCACCUUACAGCAUCUUCUGAUUUUUAUACUAAUGGUGUAAAGUACCUUAAAUCACUCCCAUCUGAAAUAAAGUCAAACUACCCUCAGCACCGA